AGGAAGGCGAGGAAAGAUGCAACUCAAGUUGUUGCAAAUUUGCAAAGGCAACAAGUGAAUUCACGGUUGAUUGCUUCUGAUUACUUGGAGGCGAAGGAUCUCAUGGAUGUUUUAAUAGCAGGAUGUGUUUUGGAGUCACAGCACAUGAAGAAAUUUUUUGACUAUAUACAACUUCCAAAUUUCGAUAUUUCUGCUGAUGCUGCUGCAACUUUUAAGUUUCUUUCUGUAUUUUCUUGUUGCACUUCUGAAUCUGCAUUUGCAAUGAAUCCUGUUUCAGAACAACCUGAGCUCUUGACAAGGCAUAAGUCCACUGUGGCUGAGUUUCUUUCUAGGAACUAUGACUGGUUGUUUGCUGCGAACCAGAACAAGCCUCCAGACAUUUUUAGCAUACUGGUUGCAAAUAAAAGCAAGCUUCUACGUUUGUUUGCAGACUUCAAGACCGAUAAAGAGGAUGAACGUUUGAGGCAGACAAGGCUCAAGUGUGAAAGAAAUCGCUUCCCUUGA